AGAGAACGAAGAGAAAGCAAACGAAGUAGGUACCUAUGUGCCGUUUUGACAGUCUGUGCCACAUACAACCAUAAUAGCCCCGUGUGCGAGUUCCCAGAGUUGAACAGGUUCCGAGCAGCAGUCGAAGAUUUAUCGGCAAUAUUACCCUGUAAUCCGGUGGUUUGUGAUCCGAUUUUCAUCGCGGCGUGUAGUUAAGUGCUCAAAGUGUUGAUUGUGCGUGAAGUUGGCCGUUUUCCGAUACCGAAAGUGGCAGAAAAAUGCAUCUUUUCCACUGUCAUUGUGCUAGAAUACCAGGUUCACUUCGUCUUUUUUGUGUGUGCGAAAAGAAAAAGCAGCUCUGAUCAGUGAGAAAGUGAGCACAUCAGCGCAAUGAUAGAGAGCAGUGAGAAGUGAGCAGAGAUAUCGUAGAGCUAGGGUAAAGUGAAGUGAUUAGUGAGUAUCGUGAGCCAUGAGCACUGAGAAAUGCCAGGGUUGCUACCAAUACCAACCAACCGAUUAUAAUGGUACCCAGUGAGAAUGUAUCAGUGACGAGGUGAAUGAAAGCAAAGAAACGAGAAAGUUUCAAUAGCAAAGUGUCAUAAGCAAAAAGAUAAAAAUAUGUGAAAGCAAACAAAAAUCAAUUUAAUUUAACAUCUGUACCUAUGACAUCCAAGUGAAACUUACUGUACACAAAAACAAGUGAAUAUAUAGUCAAAACUGACUUCAGCUAGAGCACAGGCACCGAAGCAGUGUUGUGCUCGAAAGAAUGCAAAAGUGAGAAAAAAAGGUGAAGCCAAGUGAUUAGUAAAUUCGGAUUUUGGCUAACUCCGUGUGUUUGUUCUCUCGUCGGUGUGUAUAUUGAGUGUAUAAAACCGUGAAUGUAAAUUUCAAACGGAAUCAUCGAGUGUGGGAACGAAACAAGAAGUGAAAAAUCGGAUCAAAUGCGUUGACCCAUCGUGUACGAAAAAAGAACAUCAACAGCAGCAGCUCACGUGGCUGACUGCUGAGGCAAGAAACAAUCACCAGUCUCCAAGAGAGGCCAAUAAAACUGACGAAAGUAAAACCGAAGGAAUCCCGAAUUUUCCCCGGAGUCCGCCGGAGGCCGUCGCACUUUUGCGUCCGCCUUGGCUGACAUCCGUGUCUUCGUACGCCAAUGAAUCGUCGGCAAUCAUUGGACAAGCCAGGUGAGCAAGGUAUUUUGUCUCCUCCGGGUCCAUUCUUAACGCCGAGUCCAUCGCCAUCGGUACCAGCGAGCCCAAGGUUGCAACCUUCGCCAUCUCAGUCACCAUUUCAGCAACAUCAACCGCAAGAUGUCCUGCUGGUAACAAACAGCAACGUUGUAGGCAGCUUGACUCAGGAGCCGGACCGGAAGCUUGGGAUCACCAAUCGACGUCAAUCUUUCAAUCAGUUCCCUCAGCAGCAGCAACAGCCACUCCAGCAGCAGCAGCAACAGUUCAGUAACAGCAGUCCUAAUGCUGGCACGGUGGUUUAUCGUCCGAGCCCAACGCAGUCGCCGGCUGGAGCGGCAACCUAUAGCAUUACAACUAUACCUGGCAAUGAGUUCAACACUACACUUGUAGGGUCCAAUAAUAUCUCGCUAAAUAAGAAGGGUCGCAAAUCUUCCUCAGCGAGUGUGAUCCAUCAACCUGCGCUUAUCCAGUCGCAGCAACAUACCUUUAUCCAGUCACAUGCAGGUCAUGGACAUGGGACAACUAUCGGUGCUCCUGCAUGUAGCCCGAAAGCGGCGAAAAAAGCCUUACAACCGCAUAUCCAACAUCAGCAGCAACAAGCGCAAACUGUUUCCUUCGUUGGAAGCCCGAUUGCGAGCCCCAGUCCGAUUGCGAGUCCCAACGGAUCGAUUCUGGUUACAACAAGUAGCCACGGCGGCUUGGGUGGUAGUAUUAUUGUUGGCAGCGCUGGACAUACUCCCGGCAGAACAGCAUCAACGUCGGCUGGCCCUGGGGCAUCAGCACAAUUAAGGCCUCCUACGCCACAGCCUGUGAUACAACAGUAUCCUGUUAUGGGUGCCGGCAAUCAAAUAGUGCAAAUAUUCCAAGGUUCUCAAUUCAUUACUCAACAACCUGCUGUGUCACAAAAUCAGGCACAACACCAACAUUCUGCGCAAGGGCAAUCCCAACAACUUCAAAAUCGUCAAACGAUCAUAUCGCAAUCCCCACAACCGCAGCAUAUAGUUUCUCAGCCGUUGCAUACGUCUCAGCAUCAACAUACACAACAGCAGCAGUUCAUACAGCAGAUUAUUACGUCUUCUCCGUCCGCUAAUACAUCUCCGUCGUCAUCUGCAUCGAUGAGCGUUGCAGGAGGAACAGUCAUAAUCGGAGGGCAUAAACAGUCGAAAGUUCAUCAACAGAUCUUGCCUAAACCAGUGACUCCUUCAGUAUCUCCAUCGCCGGGAUCGGCACACCAGAGUCCGCAACAACAAAUGCAACCAACAUUCAGUCCCGUAUCGCUGAGUACCUCUAUUCAUAAACCAAUGAUGGCACAGCCCAAAACUACGAUGGUAAAUCACAUGCCAACCCAAAUACAAGUAACACAAACAACAACUGGUGGCCAAUUUGUGACUCAGGCAGGCCAACAACAAGCUCAACAAGGUUCUGCACAGCAACCUCAGUUGGUGGCUACUCCACAAACAACUCCAACUGCUACUCCGACACAAGCUCCAACAGCAGCACCACAAAAUGGAAGUUCAAUUAUUCUACCAACUGGGAAUUUGAACGCACAACCUCUCCUGCUCAAUCAAAUGCCGGUAAUUGUACAGCAGAACACUCCACAAGGUGUCCAGUUGAUAUUGAGACCUCCCACACCACAAUUAGCUGCCCCUAGCUUGGUUAUUCAUAACACUAGGCCACAACUUCAGCAAGCACAACCCCAGCAAGUCUUACGGAUAUUGAACACUAAUGGGGCAAUGCAAUUGGCUGCUGCUCCAACCUUCAUCGUGUCUUCUCAGGGAAACCUAGUGCAACAGAAUAUACCAGGGUUGAAAACUAACCAAGGUGUACCGUUAGCUCAAAUUCAAGGACUACAAGGACAAAGGCAGCCACAGCAAAUUACGGCAGCUAUUAAUCAACAUUUGCUCAGUCAGGGUGUAGCUCAAAUUCAAAAUUUGCAGUUAAAUGGAAAUUUAACCCAAAUUCAGGUGCCAAAUGGAUUGAAUGGGCAACUGUUGACAACUUUACCUGCACAGUUUCAACAAGGUGUUGGAAGCUUCAGUUUGCAAAAUCAAAAUAUCAACCUUAAUCAGAUUGGGAAUGCGAACUUUUCACAAAUUGCAGCUGCGGCUGCAGCUAGUGGAGCUACGUUUACUUCACCUCCUCCACCAACGGUCCAAACAUCUACCCAUCAAGGCGAUAUUGUGAACACACAGAGUAUACAAUUUACAACGGCACAACCUGUAGGUUCUGCGACACAACAUUCAUCACAAGGACAAAUACUUGGAAAUUCAUCUGUAGAAGGACAACUGGCAUCCCAUUUGCAAAUUAAUACUUCGGUAACGCCCGAACCAAUUCGUCAACCAACACCAAUUAUGACGACGGCAAGUGGGCAACAAGUCUUCGUAACAGAUUCAAAAGGGCAGCAACACCAAAUACAAAAUCAGCCCCAAACACAACAUUAUUUUAGCGGAAGCGCAAUCCAACAGCAACCUGUACAGAUGCAACCUGUUCAGCAACUCCAACCAAAGUUUGAAACUGAAAAGCCCAAAAAAGAGCGUAAAAGUAAAAAGAAAAAAGUUACGCAACCUCCAAUAGCUACAGCAGCACCCAUUAUUGUUACUCCGAGCCCUAUGGUCACGAGUCAAGUUCCAAUAAUCAGUUCUUCAACGAUCUCUUCUACUUCGAAUUCAAUGUCCUACGCCGAACCAAUGACGUCGCCUCCAACAUCUCCCACAUUAACAAAUACUCAUACUUCUACUGGAAAAUUAGAUCUUGCUAAUUUGAUGAAAAUAUCGGGUAUUGGCAUUGAAGACGACGAUUUUAUGGACACUGAUGAACCGCCACCUGUACCACCGCCUCCACCUUUGGUGCAAACCACAACGAACCAACAGCCUCCAGAUUACUCUAACGUUGUGAUGCAGAAUGAAUCGUCGGUUAAAGAACAAUUAAUGUCUCCCCCACCUGCACCAUUGCCGCCAACUACCACCGAUAUUAUGAUUACAAUUCCAGCCAGUGCUGCCGGGUCGAAUGUUGAUUUUCCCUAUACUAUAUCGAUUCCCACUUCUGGGCUUGAUGGACAAGAUGUGCAAUCAAAGACAUCUUUGUCAAAUGAUCUUCAACCAAAAUCACUAAGUUCUCAACAGCCACUGCAGCUGCCACCAUCGCAAGUGCUGCACCAGUCUGGACAGGAACCUCCACCUUUCAUGAUAACAAUCGAUCCUUCCAAUGAUCCCAAUUCAGCUCAACCAUACACGAUCUCAAUACCUCGGGUAUCUGGAGGCAGUCCAGAAGAAACAAAAAUGAUUAGUGUUGCUACUGUUGCUCCAACACCAACUGCCGGAACGGUUACUUCAAGCACAUCAGUGAUCACAAGUUCUUCGCAAAACACGUUUUGUGUAAACAGCCUAAUGAACAACGUAUUGAAUACACAAGUAACUCCAAACUUACAGAGUCAAAUCAAUGAAAUUCAAAACCAAUUGAUACAAGCUGCAGCAUCUUCAGUCUCUCUAGCACCAACUUCUGCUCCUGUGAUAAGUCAAAGCUAUAUGACUACUCACCCACAUACGCUGAUAUCGACGUCCAGCAUAACUACACCAAUUGUGACAACUACCAUCACUUCGCCCGUCACAACUUCUAUGAUUAUUUCACCAAGCAAACCGUCAGUUACACCAUCUAAAAAGAAAUCUGGGGGAAGCAAGAAGAAUGGCAAAAAAUUGGUUGAUAAGACAUUCGAAACAAUCAACACUUCAGUUCCAACACAAAUUGGAAACAUUCAAAUCUCACAAAUAGAUGGAACAACGGUAAAUAAUAACAAGACAACCAAAGGAGCAAUUAACAAUCAGAUUCAAAUAACACCCAUACUGGAUAACAAAGCUCCUGGGCAUCAGUUUCAAGGACACAUGCAAUCAACAAACACGGUUCAGAUAAACCCAACAUCUAUUGUGCAACCAACGCAGCCAAUACAAACUAUUCCUAAUCAAGCAUCGACCUUACCUCAACCAGUACAACAAAAUUCUACGUUGCAACCUCAACAUUUGCAGUUACCAACAGCACCUCCCCAAAUACAACAACCGUCUGCACAAGGCAUUCUUUCGCAACUUACGGGGGCUUUGAGUUUGUCGCUUGCAGAAAACAACCAUUUAAUACUCAAGCAUGACAUAAACAGUCCUCAGGACAGUCAAUCUCAGAUGAUACUUCAAGCAAUCCUAUCCGGAGCGCUAGGAAACGUAAGUUUGGUGAAUGAACCAUCGAAACCCACACCGCCAUCGAAUCCUGCUCCAAUGGUUUCUCAGCCAGCACCAGUAACAGCAAUUCAACAACCUCCCAAAACCAUUGCUGCUGUUAGCGGUCAAAUACAGCAGAAGAAUGUUAUUGUUACGAAUACGCAGAAUCAUCCGAACGCCAGCGGUCAGUUUAUGCCAUCUUUCAGUCCCCAGUCAUCAAGCAUUGUUACGUCGUCAAGUUCAACACCAAUUAUUCAACAACCCCAGCAACAUCAGCAACCACCGCAACUAGUUCAUCAGCAUCAUGCAAUCCAUACCCAACCAUCACAUGUGACUCAAAGUCUCAAAGAAGUGCGAAAACAUGAGUCUAUUCCUGUUGAGCCACCUCAGCCGGCACCUCAACCUCCACCUCCUCAGCAGACGAUAGUUAUAAAUUCGAAUGCCCCAAAAAUCGUGGAGUUGCCUAAAAUUGAACCCAAUCAACAGUUGUUCUCUCUAAAUACUCUAACGAAUCAAAUAACCCAGCUAAGCCCAGGUCAAACUACCGCUGCUCUAGGACCAAUGGAGCGUCUCCUGAUAGUUCCAACAGGGAUUAACUCCCAACAAUUAGCGCAAUGUCUACUACAGGGACAAAUUCAUUUCAAUAAUAUUGGGCCAGUAACGCAAUCCAGUGAUCCCAAGCUACAUUCAGCACCACCUUUACCACCACAACCUCCCCCAAUGCAGCAACCCAUAUUCCAAGGUCAGCAGCAGCAGCAACAACAACAGCUUGUGAUUCAAAAUAAUCCAAAUUUUAAACCGAAUCAAGUUCCAUCAACUGUGCCUGCCGUCGCCAACAAACAAGUGGUCAACCACCAAAUCAAGGCGGAAAAACCAAAACGAAGUCGAUCCAAGAAAUCUGACAAACAACCAGCUAAGACUAGUUUGGUUAAAGUAAAUCCGGUGAGCAGUGGCCUACCGCCCAACGUAAUACUUCAACCAGGGCAACAUGCCCAGCCAAUUCUGGCCGAAGAUGGCACCAAAAUUGGAACGAAAAUAGUAGGAAUGGUGAAUCCGAACAACUUUGUAACGAAUCCAGUUCCUACAGCGUCGGCACCACCUAUUGCACAGGUUCAACCUCAACAGCAAAUUCAAAUCGGUACCAAAAUAACGAACAAUAAAACCUUGACCACAUCGGUAGUCAGUGCUGCGGGAGCAAUCCAGUGCAAUAAUCUUAUUGUGACUCAUGCUAGUAAUGCGGCCAACGGUACAACCGCUAUUAACAGCAGUAACCUUAGUAUUAGCAGCAACAAUAGCAGCAGUAGUAGCAGUAGUGUAAAUGUGUGUGUUCAACCGAAUAAUGUUUUAAGUGGUAGCAGUUUAAGUACUACUAGUAGUAAAAAAGGAAAAGUCCAUCCUCAACCAACAACGCAAUCGAUGAUGAUGAACCAAAUGCCUCCCUUGGUUAGUGUCAAUUCGGGAUCGAUACCAACCACCAAUUCAACAAUCGGAGCACCCAGUUUAGUUCCCAGAGUUCAAACAAUCCAGUUGACACCACAAAAACAACAACUCCUGAAAAACGUGCAACAGCAGAUUCAAAUUUUGUCAGCAAAACUGCAAAAUGUAAAUUUGCUUUCGACGCUGAACAUUCCAGCAGAUUUUGAUAAUAAUAACCCAACCUACAACAAACCACUGCCGAUACUUUCAAACAUCCAAGGUAUGACAGAUUCAGAAAUCACGCUGGCACUUCAACGAUUGUUUAUAGAGCAGCAAAAGAUACUUGCAACAGGAAAGAUCAUUCCAACAAUAACCACAGGGCAUGCUCUGCCAGUUCCACCUCCUCCUACUCCAAUCAUUGGAGCGCCAAAUUCCGGAGGAGCUGUCAUGAGCAAUGACCUUAAGCCGCAUCAAGCAAUUGUUUCCCCAAUAACCGUUACACCAACAUCGGCUAAUGCAGCUGUUUACCAAGGUGGAGCCAACAUACAAACUAUUCCAUCGCCUAUACAGAUUAGUUCACCGCAGGUUGUGAAACAAGAUACGAUGAUUCCUACUACAUCGGCAUCAAACUAUGCAAGUACAAUCGUUACCAGUAGCAAUUCAUCAAUGUCGAUUACCAUCACUAACAGUCUGCCAAUCCAGCAAGCGCGAGGAACUCAGCCCAAGCUAUCUGGUACAUCCGGUACCUCCAUCAUUCCUAUUAGUACUGCUUUGCCACCCCAAACAAGCGUUACUAUCACACAAGCUCCUCAGAUGGUGAGCCCAUCAAUUGUGAAACCAAAUGCAAAAAUUGCACCUCCUCAACAUCAAAUAAUCUUGAACAACAAAAACAUCACCCUUACCAGUACGCCCAGUAACAUCCCGAUGCCUUCAUUGGUUCCGACACAACCUCAUCAUCCUCAGUCUAUGAGCGUUACCAAAAUCGAACUUCCACCGACACCUCCACCAUCAUUGUUGUCCAGCCAAAAUCGCUCAAAUACUCCAGUGCCACCUCCUCUGGUACCAACGUCCAUGUCGAUAAACAACCAGAACAAACACUUCACCGGCCAAUCCAUUGUAAUAGUAAGUGGAUCUCAGGCGAUAUUGACUAACUCCUUGCCACAAAAUGUCACUGGUGUCGGUAUCAAUUCUAAGACAUCCAUAAUUCCAACAUCGGUUGGUAACGUCACCGUACAGCCAAACCCUUCGCUCCAAUUUCAACUGCAGCAACCACAACAACCGAUGAAUAUUGUUCCACCUCCUCUGAUAACAAUGGCUUCAGCUCCCGCCAUGGCUGCGUCUUCGGUGAUAACAACUACUGCUGGUAUCCAGCAAGCAUCGAGUAGCGUUAUGGUCACGCCCGUUUCAACACUCCCGUCGACGUCUGCUUCUAACAAUGGAAUAUCUGGACCAGAACAAUCCGUCCCGUGCAGCAGUAUUCCAGUUCCCAUUUCGUGUAGUGUUACCAGCACUUCCACCACAAGCAGCAGUUUCAGCAGCAGCACGGUGACACCAUCAGCGCCACCAAUAGUCACUACGACCAUUCCAGGCAACCACAAGCCUGUAGUGGUAGUAGCACGAUCAAGUUUAUUUGAAAGACAAAUCUCGGUAGAUCAAGAUGCUUGCACCAGACCUGACACAACGACGCCUUUUUUGAACAAGCAAGAUGCAGUAAAACGAUUGAUUAGGUAUCACUGCAUGUACGAGGAACGAUGUGAGGAAAACGAGGACGAAGAAAAUGCUUUCAAGGCAAUGGCGCAAGAGUUUCCAGUCAUAUACAGAAACAUGGUCAACAAGUACCAAUACCUGUUAAUGCAGGAAUCAAUGCGUCAUGUUCGAACCGCAGAGUUGAUGAUGGUUGACCGAAUGCUCAACUCGGAUGUUGAGAAUGAGAUACUCGAAAUGCAAUUGAAAAUCAACGAGUAUAUGAACCCAAGCUUGAAUGAGCUCCAUAUGAACGUUGAAUCUCAACAGGCACAUCCUAUGCACCUACAAGGCCAAGCAUUGCAGCAACCCCCAAUACCAGUGACGGUUGAAGAAUAUAAAGUUAAAAAGGAAGAAAUUCAAAAUAUCGGCUCUCCACAUGCACCACAAUAUCUACCGGAAGGAUCCAACUCCUGUAGCAUGCAGCCAAGUACUUCAAAUACUAGCUUACUAGCGAUAAAAACAGAAAUAAAAUCGGAAGGGAAUCCCACGGACGAAUUGGUAGCAUACAGGCAUCAUAGUUCUUCUUCACAGCAUCAUACUGUCCAGCUGGCAUCAACGAUAGUCAAAAGCAAUGCAAUGAAACCUUCAUCCGAGAUACUCAAGAAAGAGAUGGACAGCUUCGAUGAUAUUGAGAGUGAGAUUACUCCGAGUUUCAUAAUGAAAAAAUGUGAUAGUGUGCCUCCUGUAACAGUUGCACAACAAGCUCCUCCUGCACCACCUUCUCUGAGCUAUUUUAACCAUGUUGGGGAAAGUCACAACGUGAAUCAGAACCCUUCAGCUAGGAUAGAUGUGAACAGAGCUAGUGAGUCUUACGAUGAGUGGCUAUGUAUUCAAAAAGAACUCAACUUACCUAGUGAGAGGCGGGAACACCUGGCUAAGAAUAUAAAAAGCCCAGAGGAAGAAAUCAUAGAAAAGCAACUAGAUGAUCUGUUCAACCCUUCGAGUGAGGGUAAAGAUAGCGAAGUUAGUCGUAGUCAAGUAGAUUCUCCUCUCGCCGAUUUCUUCAACGCUCAUCAACAGGAUUCGGGUGUUGGUGGAAGCGCAGGGGGAUCAAGCGUGCCCUCAGAUAAGUCUGUUGAGAAUCGAUUAGAGGCAUUGUUCGGCAGCACACCUUUGCAUAACAGAAGUUCAGAGGACAACUCACCGGAAGCAGUCGAUGAAAAACAGAACAAUUUGAUGGAAACUAGAUUGGAAGCGUUGUUCCAAUCUGGAGAGAGCGCCUUGGACAAUUCUAGUUUCCUACACAAAACCAAUAACUUUGAGAUGAUCCAGACACAAAUAACUCAAAAACGACAUUGGAACACAUCAGAGUGUGACUGGGAAGAUAGUGGCAGUUCCGGUAAGAGACAAUGUCUGCCUGGGAACCCCAGUAGAGCUCACGACGAUGAUCACCGAUGGUUACUCGAAUGCACUCAGGCUCAGAAUCAAUCCCAUUCAAAUCAUCAUAUUGCAGGACUUCGGGGUCAUACACAGGUUCAACAGGAUGUCAAUGCACUCAAUGCAGGUAAUAAUCACAUUCUUAACGAUAAUGGUAAUGGUAACGGGCACAUACCUAACACUAAUACAAGUACUAGUGGUAGCUCAACUAACACAAAGCGCACUUCUUGGAAUGGUGAUAUUCUUCUCGCUUCGGCGACCGGUGAUCUUGAUAUGCUCGAUACUAACCUGAGUCUUAGUCUGAAUAAUCUCAACAGUAUGUGUGGCUCAGUGGGUAUUAUGACAAGCGACGCCCCUUCGUCGCAUCAUGGAUCUAUCAAAUCGUCUAAAAAUUGCUUUCAUUCGCCGGUUCUCGGUGCAGAAAACUGUGAUGAUACUAAUCUAAUUGGUCUCGGCACUGGUGGUGGUCUUAACAAUUCUAGUCAUUCUCAUAGUCAAAGCAGUAAGCUAAAUUAUAUCGAUCGUGAUAUUUUAGGACUUGAUGGAUCAAACGACACUUCCAAAUCAUCCCACCAACAGUCUAUGCCGCACUCCGUGGCUAAUGAUCUCCAACAUCAACUAAGUCACAUUAACUUCGAUGCAAGUGGUGGUCAGCUAAAUUUCGACGAUGACAUAAAUCGCCAGGUUCAAAAUGCAAUCGACUCAAUUCUGAAUCUCCAAAGCAACGACUCCGAGGCAGCUCUGCACUUUUCUCUCGAUCAAUCGUUCCUAGCUGAUAGUCCACAAUCUGUUCAGCGACCUCCGUCGUCAAAUAAACGAAAGUACCAUCAUAUCAACAGAAUGGACGAUAUCAAUGAUUGCCUCAGUGCGGUAAUGGAUGACGGUGGUGACAAUCACGGUGUUCAUAACCAUCAUCAACAGCAACAACAACAGCAUCUCCAGAACCAUUUCAACCACGUACACCAUCAAUCGCACAAUCAUCAACAGCUACUUCAUCACCAUCAGCAUCAUCAAGCGCAAACCGAAGGAGCAUCUCCAGUGGUCGACGAAGCUGGCACUUCGACUGGCGAUGGUAGAGCGAAUACGGACCUUCCAGUUAAGACGAUCAUCAAAUCUUGACAACUUUCGUCGAUAACCGGAAGUGUUGGAGGUAGCAUGCUUGUGGUUACUGCUCCUUCUAUUGCUCCAGCAUCAGCACCAACGGCGGCGGUUUGAAUCAAUUGUGUGUUCAAGUUAUGACCAUCAAUUAAUGAUGAUUAACUUUUGAAUAUUUUAAAAGCACAGUGCUAACGGAACAAAGGAGGGUUCAUGAUCUCCAGUGAAACAAAAUAGGUGCUUCGUUUAUUUUUUUAUAUUUAGUUGUUCUGGAUAAAGUGCAGAAAAAUGGUGCAUUUCUGAGAUCUCCAUCAUUUUAUUCGGAUUUUUUUUCAAUUUAUUCGAAGUCAAAAUGUUAGGAAUUUGGCAAAUUCAAUACAAGAUAUUAAUAGGUAUUUCAACCAAAACACAACUUACUUGCUCCUUUAAUAAGAAAUACUAGCAUGUUGGUAUGAUGAUUUUAAAAUUCACGUAAAUUGUUGACUGUUUCUUCCUAAGUAAUGUUAUAGCGUAAAUUUUUUCAAAAUAUUUAGGAUACUCCUGAUUGCAUAACCUACGUAAUAAAGCGUUUGAAAUUCAAUACGAAUAAUAUCCAUGUCUACCGCGAA